AUGCUGCGACCGGCGACACCGUUAUCGAUCAUCUUCUUCGUCGCAUUUGUGCUACUGCUACUCAGCACCCUGUCCACGCCAAUAAUCAAGAGCAUUCCCCUGGGCCGAUAUCAGAAAUACAACUUUGGCGUGCUGGGAUACUGUCACGACGAUGGCACUUGUGUGAGCCCACGCCUGGGCUACAGCACUGACGGCCUGUUCACCUCGGACGGUACCAGCGGCACCGAUGGCGACUUCACGCUCCCAUCCUCCACGCGACACAGUCUGUCUGCAAUUCUGAUCAUCCACCCGAUUGCUGCCCUGCUUGCACUCAUCUGCUUUGGCCUUGCAUGCGCCGCACAUCUCCGAGGACCAAGUCACUCGCCCCGAUACCUUCUCGCCUUGCUGAUCCUCACCAUUCCGACGCUACUAUGCACCAUCCUCGCGUUCCUCGUCGACAUUCUGCUGUGGGUGCCGCACAUGCAAUGGGGCGGCUGGAUCGUGUUGGGCGCCACCAUUCUCAUCAUCGCAUCAAGCAUCGUGACAUGCGCCAUGCGGAGAACGCUCGUCAGUCGCAAGGCUAGGAAAAAGCGAAUCGCCGAAAAUGCCGAUAUGAAUGGCUCGACCUACUACGACGCCUUGGCCCAACAGCGAAUGAUGGUGGAUGAGGCUUUGCCAAAAGCAGAGAGUCCGCCACCCAUGAGUGGAAGUACAGCAGUGGAAAAAGCGGAGGGACAGCAGUACGCGACGUAUGAGAUGAAGCGGGAGGUUGGCACUUCACAUGGGGACGACGACCGUACGCCGCUCAACCCGACCGCAAGCAUCCGUUCCGGCAGCGCGCACGGCGAUAUGGGAGCGCGAAGACCUUACGGGGACGACGGCGCACCACCAAUGCCUGUGGGAGUAACACGAGAUCAAUACGGCAAUGUCAUCGCAGCUACGGGAGCUCCGGGAGCCGCACUUAGGUCACAACAUUCACAAGGGUCGCUCAAUUCGAAUUCUCAAUCGAAUGGGUAUUCUCGCGGAAGAGGCGGCUAUCCUCCAAAUGUUAGAGGCGGCUAUCCUCAAGACGCAAGAGGCGGCUAUGCUAGAGGCUAUGGUGGUCCCCCUAGAGGAGCAUACAACGGCCCUCCCAGAGGAAGAGGGGGGUUCCGCGGACAACCACCGCCGCCAGGUUGGAGAGGUCGAGGAGGCCGUGGAGGUGCUCCUCCAGGCAUGAUACCCAGCAUGAUGCGGGGGAAUGGACGGCCGCCCCCGGGCUAUUCUGGUCCACCCCGUGAUCAGUACGGCAACGCGGCACCGAGAAACCAAUAUCCAGAACCGAGAGAUCAGUACUCGCAACCAAGAGAUUACUACGCGCAAUCGAGGGACCAGCAGGAUCAGUUUGUCGCCGGGCCCUUCAUCGGACAGGCGAUCGAAAUGGACGAACGCACAGGCUCUCCACAAACAGCGCAGCCGCCGUAUGCCAACAACGAUUAUGGAUUGAGAGAUAGCGACGGCGAUGUGAUGGGUAUGGUUGGUCUACAAGCGGGAGUGAACGACGCGUCUAGCAGUAGACCGUCGCAGAGCGAGAUUCGAAGUCCUACGAGCAUGUACUCGGACGAACGCUACGCUCCACCUCGCGCGCAAUGGGAAGACCGAGUGUCGCCCCUUCCUCAUCAUCAAGGUCUCUCAAUGCCAGACGUGUCGCACGACAGCUACGCAACAGAUGCGCACUCGUCUGCGGCACCGUCAAGUAAUGCACUUCCAAAGUCGCCAAUGGGAGCCUCUGCCAGUACACGCUCACCGACGAGCACCAACCCGCAUUACGGCGACGAAGUCUACACGGCGGCGAACCCGGUGCCGGCCAGGAACCGAGCAAAUUCGGAGAAUUACUAUGAAGAUGUCGAUCCACGCUUCACCGUCACAUCAGAUGAAAGCAAGCACCAAAGUGUUCUUCCUUCUGCUCUUACGCCAGGAGCAGCAGCGGGUGCAAGAUCUCCGCCACCUGGUAUGCAAUCACCUUCCCUCAAUUAUCAAGGCCGGGAUGAAGGAACUAUCAACGUUCCUCAGACCGAAGCUAUUUAUUACUCUCCCUCCCAGCGCGGCGGGCUCACUUCUGAUGAGGAUAGCAGGAACCAAUUACCUUUAGACAACGGCGGUGGACUAUCUGCAAGACGAAUUGUCGUCAGUAACCCUGAUUACCUUGAGAUCGAAAAUGAUGGCGCCAGGAGUCCGGGCGAGGGAAGCGAAGCAAGCCAUUUCACUUCCGUGUCACAGCGAGGCAUCAAUCCUAAUUGGAUGCCGCCGCCUGGAAUGGGCAGAGGGGGUGGGAUGACCCAGGUCAGCUCGGCUUCGGCGGUGCAGAGAAGGAAAGAAGACGCCAUUCUGACUACAAACCCGGACUUUGCGUUGCCCAGUCUGCCCGGUCAGAAGGGGCGAGGUGGUGCUAUUGGGCCAGCAACAAGCAGAGGUGCAGUGGGCGGAUUGACGCCUGCAGGCAGGUAWCCCGUUCCGGAUCUCUAG